AUGGUCAGUUCAUCAUUCUUGUGGUUCACUUCAGGGGUUUGCCAAUUCCUUCAAGUAGUGCCGUCAAACGCAAUACCCUACUCGAGCCAUGUCCUUCCGUACUUCCGUGACAUUGUAUGGCUGAACCUUUCACAGCGGUUCGUGAAGCCAUUAACAGCCAUGGCCCGAUCCGCAUCCUCUUCAGCUCCUUUCUCGUCAUCACAGCUCAGCAAAGUCUCGGCAGUAAAGGCUGAAACUCUCAGUGAAGGGCCAUUAUUCACAGCUUCGACGAAGACAUCGGCGCAAUAUCCAAUUCAGGAAGCUGGAGACUCGGAAUAG